AUGUGUACCGAAACCAUUGCCCUCUGCGAAAGCUGCGGCCUCCACAGACACAUGCACUACCACCGCUGCACAGCCUGGCUCUGGUCCUACCGCCAAAUCAAAUGGACCUUCACUACCCCUCUCUCCUCGACCCCGAAACCCAAAAACUGCCCCUUCCUCGACGGCGAGGUCAAGACCGAGAUCCUCCCGGGCAGGUGUCCCAACGCGGCGUGCCCGGGCCACAAGCUCAAAGAUGCCCUCGACUUACAGGCGGCCGCGGACGGGAAAUUGGACAGAAGAACGGACGAGCAGAAGAUUGACGCGCAGAGGAUCAAGAUGGGGCUUAAGAGGCGACCUGGGCCGGUGCAGGCGUUCCGGGAGCCGUUGGAGGUCGGGAGGCCGCAUCAGAAUCGGGUGCCGGUUGUGAUUACGGAUGGGAGGCCCGAUGAGGGACUGGGAGUUUUGGUUCCUGCAUCGCGGCAAACCGGCAAGUCAAGUCCCUCGCGAAGCUCUCACCAACUCUCGAUCCACCAACCUCUCUCCCAAACCCUCAACAUGCACACGUCCAACCUCGCCCCGGUGGCCUUCGCUGCCCUCUCCCUCCUCCUCAAUCCCGUCGCCGCCGUCCCCGCUCCCGUCCCCGUCCCCGUCGCCGCCCCCGAGCCAACCCUCGUCGCCCGCGCCGAUGUCAUCGCUCCCACCGCCGCCUGGAUCAGCGUCAACAACAAGGGCGUCCCCACGACCGUCACCCCCGUACCAACCACAAUCUCCGGCACCGCGACAUACGCCUCCGCCGCCCCCAACGCCUUGACGGGUAGCGUCUUCACCCUGACCGACUGGCACCUCGUCAAGGUCACCACCAGCACGGGCACCCCGCCCGUCGCCACGGCCGACAGCAAGAGCGGCGCGGGGGCCUUUGCGCCGUGCAGUAAUACCAAGGGGGACUUUUCGCCCUUUUGCGAUCCGAAUAAGGGGAGCACGCUUUAUACCGAUGGGACGUACUAUGUAACCUGGGACCCCACCGUCCUCAUCAAAGGCAACAAGACCAACGUCAACGUAAAAAUCCAAGGCAAAUCCGUAAACGGCACAACGGUAGGCGACAUCGUCCUCAACGCCGACACAGACACCACGAACCCGGCCUCCUACGGCUACUACGCCUGGACCGUCUCCUCCAGCCUCAUCCCCUCAGGCCAAGACAACGCCACGAUCGAGCUCCUCAUGUCCUACACCGUCGACGGCACCGCGCAGGACGCCAUCACCGGCCCGCAGGUCCUCGUCGCCAAGCGGCCAGAGUGGCACCCCGAGGCCGCGAAGAUGCCCAAGGGCGCGGAGCUGUACAUCGCCCUCCCCACCGUGUUCGGGUUCAUCAUCAUUUGCGUCGUUGGCGGGUGUAUCUGGAACCGGCGGACGCGCAAGAUCGGGCUGGGGAACAUUAUGAGCCGGUCGAGACACGGGUACGGUGUCGGUAAGUCGCGGGCGCAGAGGCUGGGGGCCAAGGUUAGGCAGAGCGUGUUCCAUGGCGGGCGCAAGGAUCGCGGGAUUCAGUUGAGGCAGAGGGAGAUCAGCCCCGAUGGGUAUGUGUACCGCGACGAGCCGCUGCCUGAUCAGCAGCAGAGGCAGCAUACUGGCGGACUCAACACCAAUGGUGGCGGUGGUCUCGGUCAUGCGAGGAGGGAUAGCGAUGCCCUGGGAAGUCUUGCGGGAAGCCCGGUUUCGGCUACGUUCCCGCACCAUGAGCCCCAGGGUGGUAACGCUUUCCGGGAGGAGAUGAGGAGGCAGGAGAGGGAGAGGUACUGA